GCUGAAAUCUGAAGAUGAGAAAUUCCAACCAACAGAAAAAAGAAACUUACUAACCUGUCGUUUCUAAUUCUGGUUGCCUGAAGGUCACUGAAUGGUCUUAUCGAGAAGACCUCGUUAUCGAUCUCCAGGGGGGAAAAAGGAUCUACACCGGCCUUUCUCGCGUCGUAGUUUUGCGUAUUCCCCUGCAGUGAUUUCUGUUUUAUCUUUUGCCCAAAGUAAAGUUGAGGAACCGAUAGCUCUGUUGAGCUCAGGAAGUGUUUUACAAACUCUGUCUGGAUUUUCCUCGAGAAGGUCACCUUUCAUUCCCGACCCUCUCUUUUUAUUUUUCCUUCCCUUUUUUCUAAUUUUCCCAUCCAUCAUGAUUGCUCUGCUUCUCCCCAGAUCGUAUCAUCUGGCUCCACCAUUACCUAAUAAGGCUUAACGCACUGGGUCUAGUGGGUACUCGCCUUCCCAGAACGGUACCUAGCGUGUCGGUCAUGGAAAUAAGCCUGAUUCCCUUGUCCAUGAUUUGCCGAGACUCCAAUUCUUUCCCAGUCAGCAUCUUUUUCGCAUCGAUCAUUGGACCGUCGCAUCCCUUCUAUGUCCUUCUUGACGUUCUAAUCUAUCACCAUCUCCACCCAAUAGAUCCCUUCUGAAGAUUU